ACAUUACACAUAGGAAGAAACGUGCCGUUACGUGUAUGUAACAUUUUUGGUGCAUUUUUGUGAUUAUUUUGGUGCAAAGUACUAAACUGUGCGCCAUGGAAAAGUUACGGACAACGUGUGAGUGGUUGUGCCGUGUACUGGACUCGUGCUGUGUGCUUAAUAUCGGACAGAAGUAAGUUGCAACAUUGGGAGUUGGAAAUCCAGUCAACCCUACGUCUGCGGGAGUCGAACAAUACCCUUCGUCGGUUGAGCCCCAACUGCUAUCUUACCGUGGUGUAUCUGCUCUUCGCUGCGACUACGUCACGCGUAUCGGGACUCUAAAUGGAUUCACGUAGCGUAGUAACACGUGUGGUGCAAUAAACAAGAGUGUUUCAGUGUUAAUAUGGCCAAAAUUCUUAACAAGGACCCAGUCACAUACCAACGGGAACGUGACAGUUUCAUUCGAGAACUUAGGCAAUUCCACGAAAGCCGUGGGACUCCAUUUCGUAAAAUACCGAAGAUUAACGGCCAUGAAAUAGACUUAUAUCUUCUUUAUGUACUGGUUACAGCUCACGGAGGAUGGAUAAAGGUGAACAGCCGUUCAGAAUGGGAGACUCUGCUGGAACAGUUUGCACUUCCGAAACAAUGUGUGAACAGUGGCGUUGCUCUCAAGCAGAUCUAUCUGAGGUACCUGGACCGGUACGAGAAGCGGCACUACCUGGGGGAGGAUGUGGACCGCGACGGCACGGACGACGAGGAGACGCGCCACCGGCGCUGGUCGGCGCGCGCGCUGCACUCCGUGCCUCUCUCCUACAACCACAACCAACACAACGUGUCUGAGAAUCUCCGGAACUACAAUGGUCUGUCAACAGAUCUGUACAAAGCAUCUGAUUACGAGCGCUUAUCUCUUUCAUUGCUUUCACCACUACCAAAUGAGCAAGAUUUUGCUAUUAAUGUUUGUACCCUGUUAUCAAAUGAAGGGAAGCAUAUUCUGCACCUUGAUAAGUGUCCUCGAAUCAUCAAUUUCCUGCUUGCCCAUGCGGGUGUCUUCAGCCAUCCAUCCUUGCGGCCACUAUUUGAAGAGGUGUAUGGGUCUAUCCGCAAUAAUCCGCUACGCCAGUUCUGGUCGGAUACCCUCGCUGAGCCAGAACUACGAGAUUUCACAGAUGAAACGAAGUUUCCACGACGUGGCAAGUCGAAGACAUGUGAAGAUGAUGACAGUCCUCAUACUGUGACAGAAAAAAUCUGUGUCGGUGGUGUUGACUUGGAAAUAGUUGUGAAGCGUAGUGCAAUAAUAUCGGCAUCUCAGCUGAUAGCAGAGGAAGGCAGUUCUCGGCCUGAUGACGACAUGGAAUCAGACUGUGAUCAUCCUAUGGAAGGACCACACAGACUUGAGAUUGCAGAAUCAGACCGUGACCUCUUCUGUUUAGGUCGUUCCUAUGGUACACGUGAUUGGUUUGGACAGAGGGUCCUUCAGGUAGCAACAAUAUUACGGAAUCUCAGUUUUGAUGAAGAUAAUGCAGCUGUGUUGGGUCAAAGUUGUGCAUUUCUUCGCUUUGCAGCACUUUGUGCUGGGUCUAGAUGGUCUGGUUUGCAUGUUCUCGGACUAGACAUGUUGGGAAAUGUAGCAGCUGAAGUCCCUUUAUCUGAACCGGGUUCAGACAAACUCAGUGCAGGCCUAUUGGCAGUGGCAGCGAGGGGUUUGGCCUCCACUGAUCGUGCCAUUGUGCUCGCCAGCCUCGAACUCUUGAACAAGCUGAGUCAGCGAGAAGAUAAUGAAGAUAUUAUGCUCAGGGCUCUUGAUCAAAAGGUUUAUGAUCAAAUUUGCUCAUUCCUUACAUUACAAGACAUUAUGCUACUGAUAUACACCCUUGAGUGCCUCUACUCUUUGUCAUCACUUGGAGAGCGUGCAUGUAAUUGUAUUGUCAGAGUUCAUGGAGCAGUUGAUACUUUGGUAUCUCUCAUCACUGUUGAGGCACAAAGCUAUGGCCCAAAGGCAUGCAUUUUAAUGAGGCUAGUUGAAACAGUCUCAAAUACACAUUCUGGAAUUGCACCUUCAACUUCGGGUGUCGGAGCACAAGGGUCAACAACAACAGCUGCUCAGAGUACUGCUUCUCCAUCUGUAUCUGUAGCAUCAACCAGCCAUUCCAGCACACCCUUGCAGCAGCAGCAGCAGCAGCAGCAGCAUUCUUUGGGCCCAUCACUAACCUCAACACCACACAGGCCAUCGCCAACACCAACACAACAUAGAAUACUCAUGACGUCCCAAGCAAACCUGCCUCCACCUCCACCACAUCCUACUGUCACACUUGCACCAACAGUCGUCUCACAACAACAACAGCAGCAGCAGCAACAACAACAGCAACACCACCAUCACCACCACCAUCAGCAGCAGCAGCAAGCACAGCCACAUCAUCACCAGUUGCAGCAGCAGCAUCAUCAACAACAACAACAACAACAUCAGCAGCAGCAACAACAACAACAACUACUACUACAUCAGCAGCAUUCACAGCAGCAGCACCAUCUUCAGCAUCAACCUCAGCAGCAACAGCAUUACAGUGUGCAGCAGCAGCAGCAGCAGCAGCAGCAGCAACAACCACCAAAUGCCCCUCACCAGCAGCAUACAACACAGCAAGCAGUCCAGGAAAAUGAACAGUUUGCUCUGGCAUGGCUACGUGCCACUUUUGAGACUGCACCAGUCACUUAUCGCAUAGAACAGGCUGAACUCUAUAAACAGUAUCUUACAGCUUGUGCAAGAGUUGGUCGACGUGGUGUCAUAGCUCCCCUACACUUUCCUCGUUGUGUUCGGUCCGUAUUUGGUGGUUCAGUGGGUCCAAAUUUACAACGUGCACCAGGAACAUCGACUGUCCUCGCAGAUGCACAGUACAAUGCAUUGGCCUUUUACGAGGGCAUCAAGGUGCGCGCCAACACGUGUUCUCCUACAGCAACACCUAUUACUUCAUCUCCCCGCACAGAGACUCCACCACUGGUAGCUGUUGCAGUGGGUUCGCCUGCUCCCUGUCAGACACCACCUCCUACUGUUUCCUCACCAUCGCCUGUCCCAACUCGACCUGCUCUGGCACCAUCACCUUCUAUCUCUCCUGCAGCUUCAGUACGAUCCCCAGAGUCACUGGCACUGGAUGCCCCAUCCCCGUCAUCACCUAUCCUCAAAGCACAGCUAAGUGCUCCACCAAAACCCAGGGAAGCUUCCAAGGGAGAUGCCAAGAGUCAGCAGCAGCCGCAGCAACUCCAACAGCAGCAGCAGCAGCAGCAACAACAACAACAACAACAACAACAACAGCAACAGCAGCAGCCAGUGCAACAACAGCAAACACAACAGCAGGCCAGUAAUACGCCCAGUACAAGCAGCUCCUCCCUCAUCAAGAGCCUGCUGGCAACUAAGGUAACACCUCCUGGUGUGGACUGCAUGAUGCCUGCACCUGCCACUGUGUGUGCCGCAUCCUCAGAUAGCCAGCUGCGACUGACAGCACAGGUCACUCAGCGACAACAACAACAAAGAUUACUACAGCAACAACUACAAGCUGACACUCCCUCAGGAAACCAUUCUGUUGCAAGUCCUGUGGUCAGAAAAGUGCUUGUUGGUCCAAUUUCAGCUGGUACACAGCUGCAAUCUGCUAGCAACUCAAACAAAGUUUCUGUAUUGUCAUCAGACAGGCAUCGAGCCGCUCGCAUCAAUGGUGUAAGAACUCCAGUGCAGCAAGUACAAUUACAAGGGCAGAAUGAUGCACCAAAAGAUGGGAAUGGAACUGUUCCUGUUGAGAUUGAUGGUAUUCAGGCAACCACUUGUCUCAGCUCUGAUGGGCCAGGCGGUGGAAGUGCAGCAUUGCGAGGGCGUCGUGAACCACCACAACCGCCACCUCCUCCAUUGUUGGCUACAACUGAAGACUCCAACUCUACAGGGAACAGCUCGCUGGCAUCGAGUGCAGGCAGUGCUAGUUGUACAGGCUCAAUCUCCAGUCUAGGUGCAGGAGGCACGCAAAUAAUUGUGGAAGAUGGGGAGAACUCUUUAUCGAGUUUUGAAGGCAUUCUUCUGAAUGGCAUCCCAUCAUCAUUGGAUAUUGAUGUUGCUUCUGAUGACACAAAUUCGAAAGAUUCAUCUCGCAGUUCAACUGCUGUGGUAGCAACAAAAGUUAUGUCCCAACAGCAGAAUGCUAAAAGCAUGAUGUUAGCAGAUCUCCUUGAAAAGAAACCAGAAAGGAAGGACCCACCUGUACUAAAUGGUGUCCUGGGAAAGAGUUUUGAACUAGUUGAGAACCACCUAGAAAAGGUACUGAAGGAUACGACAACAUCCACUGUCCAGCAGCCACUGCCUGGAGGGAGAGAGAAUGCUGCAAGUGCUUCACAACACCCCAACGGCAGCAGUGAUGGACUCCCGUAUAAAACAGUGGGAACUGUGACUGAUCGUACAGAGAUGACCCACCCACUGGAGGGAAACUCGCAUCAGAUGCAGCAGCAACAUCAGCAGCAUGCACUAAAAAGGCCAGCAGAUGAGGCAGGUCUCACCAGUGUGGAAGUAGAAACGAAGCGCCCGCACCUGGAGGUUAAUGGUAAUGCGUCACCUUCUCCAGCACCCUCUCCAUCACCUGCAUCUGCAGACACUGGAGUUCCAAGUUCGUCAGCAGCAAAUCUGUAUGCAGCACUGGCCGCAUCAGCUCUAGAGGGAGAACUGGACCAACCAGAGCUGGAAGUGGUUCCUGUGCCUCAGCAGGCUGCAACUCCGACACCACAGCAGCAACACCACCAGCAACAGCAGCAACAGCAAACAGCAGGAAGCAUACAGCUUGGCCUAAGACAGGUUUUUGAGACUGCAACAGUUCAUGGCCCAGGCGGGCAGUCACAGCAGGUAAUUGUUGCACCACGCCACGUCAUUGUCUCCCAGGCAGGAAAUCUGUUGGCAGCACAGCAGCAAGUGCUAAUUGCAACUGGUUCAGGCAAUGUCACUAUAGCAGGUGGAAAGCCACAAGCUACUGGAACUCCUGGCACUCGAACACAGGUGGUACUGCAGCAAGCAGGUGGUAGUCAGCUGAUUCUGAGCCCAGGUAGCGUGAGUGGUGUUGGGGGACAGUACCUUCAGGCAGGCCAGGCAUAUGUUGUGCCCCAGACAGCUUUGGUUCAAGGUCAAGGACAGACUGUGCUGGUGGCACAGACAGCACAGCAGCAGGGUACUGGCACCAAGACCAUAAUCAUCCUGCAACCACAGACAUCUUCCCCAGCACCAGGAAACUCCCAGGGCCAGAUACCUCUCCAGCAGCAUCAAAAGGUGAUGGUUACUCCCCAGGGGCAGCCUGUAGUGGUGACACAGGUGCCACGGCCUGCACCACAGCCACCUCCUGCACUGGUGCCAUCUUCAACAGCUACUUCGUUGUCUCCUCCUCCAGUCCGGCCAGCACCUCAACCUGUUCACAGACCUGCCCCAGCCCUAACACCGUCCAGUACUGCUGGUGCUAUUCCUGUAACAACUGUGGUGAGGGCAAGGACAUCACCUCCAGUCUCCGUCCCUCGUCCUCCUUUCCAGCAAACAGUUUCUACCACAGUUCGUCCCAGCCUUGCCCCAAGCUCUCAAGUUGCAGCAAAGGUAGUAGAAUCGCGGACACCUCAGGUGCAGUCGGUUCAGCCCACUGCAAACAACACCAGUUCUGGAGGAGGAUCGAACAUAAUUGAAAUGGUUCGACCUCAUACGCCCUCACCUUCUCCUUCUCCAUCCCUUCCUCCUUUGGCACAGACUUCUACUGUAAUGACACAAUCCAGGUCAGUUGUCAGUGUCAACAGCACAAUGACAACUCCAUCAAAUGCUCCACAGAAGCCAUUGGGUGUUCCUACUGUUGAUACAUCUCAGUUCCUCUGUGAGUGGAGAGGGUGCAUGAGGAGUUUCAAGUCUGCCAACCAAGUAUACAUGCAUGCAUGUGAGGCACACUGUCCAAAGGGCAGUGAAGAAAUUCAGUGCUUGUGGGAGCGUUGUGAUGCCAUGAAAAGGAAGCGUUUUUCACUAAUGACUCAUUUAUAUGACAGGCAUUGCAAUGCAGAGGUGCUUCGUAUGAUGGCAGUUCGGCGGCGGCAACUAUCACAGAGUGGUCGCAGCGAGAUUCCACCCCCACAACCACCGCCUCCUCAUCCUGGUUAUGCCCCAAAUGCAGCUUUUCAUGCAAUCAAGAGACACGCUCUUGAGUUUGUGAACCCCAAGGAAAUGAUGAGGCCUGUCAGAUCGGGCCCUACAGCUGUCCCGCUUCCCACCAGACCCGGCCCGAGUCCGGCCGAGCAGGAUGAUAAUGAGGGUCCUGUUACAAAAAGCAUAAGAUUGACUGCAUCUCUCAUUCUUCGGAACCUAGUCAUCUACUCUACAAACGGAAGGAGGUUUCUUCGCAGUUACGAGCCUCAUCUUGCGGGCAUAGCGCUAAGCAAUGUGGAAUCAUCGCGAACUAUUGCACAGGUGCUGUAUGACAUGAAUCAACAAGCAGGCCAGAGGUGACCCAUCUAGGAGCAUCAUAGUGCAGCAGCAGUAUGUGACUUUUCCACUGUCAUCUGUUCAGAUCAUAUUUAUUUCCUUCCCCAGCUUCACUGUCUCUUCUACAUUUCUCAGCUGUCACGUUUUAAUACUUCCCUUUUUAAUCGUGGGGCAGGAGUUUUAGUGGUGUAUGUGAAAUGUUUGAAGUGUACAAAUGUUUAAAACGCUUGGAAAGUGAGUAUAUAAUAGACUUGUUAAAAGUGAAGCUAGAUAACUGUGUAAAAACUUUGAGUGUAUAAUAUUAGUGCGAUGACUGGAAAUUUUUUUACGAAAUAUAAUUUAUGAUAACCGCUGAACAGUGAAAAAAGAAUGGUGUGUGUUGGACUGUGCGGGAUGCCUCAUGCCUCCUUAAUGACGUGGACCUAAGAGGCAUGCAGGUAUCUUAUUCUUAGUAUUUAACUGACAUAAAAGUCCUGGGAUGUCAGAAAAUGCCAUUUAUUUCUCAUUUUUUAUGUAAUUUGUGUUAUGUGUAGCCAUGGAAAUGGAUGUGCAAUUCUUUUUCUAGUAUUUAUUGGAAAAAUGUAGAUACACAAGUCAUGUACAUAGCUAUGAACAUAAGCUUUCAAAUAAAAUUUCUGUACUGUGUACGGAUUUAUCAGCUCUGUGAAAAAUUUGGAUGUGUACAGACAAAAUGGAAAAAAAUUAUUUGCUGAUGGACAUUACAGUUCUUUUACUUUCUUUUGUAUGAAAUCCUUGAACGAAGAACAUGCAGCCCAGGUUUGGUAAAAAGGAAGAGAAAGAGAGAGAGAUAGACUGUGUUACCUUAGUUCUGCGUUCAUACGGCAUAGAAGUGUCAUACUUCAUCACUGGAUUACAAAUAUAACUCAAUUGAUCACAUUUUAUAAACCAGUAUUAUCAACAGGAUUUGUGAAAAAAGAAAGACACAGAAAAAAGCUGAUACUGAUUAUGUGUUAUUUUUAAUACAGUCAGUUGUGGCUAACUUGAAAUACGAUAAAACAUUAAAAAGAUAUCUGCUUUAUGUAUCAAUCCUAAAAUGACUUGUUUCUGCAAUGAAAAGUUUUAUUCUAAUGCCAUAGGUUAUUGUUUAAUGUGAUACAAUCAUUCCAUAAGGAAAUGUGAAUGUGUUGGCUGCAUUGUAGACAAGUGUCAUGUAACACGCAAAAUUUCAAACAGCCCAGACUUUCUGUUUAUGUAUGACAUGGGCAACAUAAAAUCGAGCAUUACUGUGGGCACAGCAUUUGGCACAUUCUCAUGUACUUUUUAUUGACUGUUAUUUAUUUUAUAUUGAAGAGUAGAAAAAUUAGAGGCACUGUAAAAUGUCCACCAGAAUUCAGAAAUAAAUAAUUGCAUUUAUUGAUUUGUAAGAUGUAAUUUCUGUAUCACCAUAGUAUUUGUCUGCUGUUGUCUGUACAAUGGUUUUGUGCUAGAUAUGUUGGCAAAUGAUUAAAGAGUUUAUGGAUCAGUGA